UUCCAUUGGCGAUGUUUCGUCGUUUUGUUCAGCAAGAUCUUGUAAAAUAUUUCAAAUUGAAAGAACAUGCUGUAUAUGGCAUAUGAGUGUGUUUAUGAAUAAAUUACCUUCUCCCAGUGAACAGAUUUCUUUGGCUGUUUGUGAUUUUAACAAUUUCAAUGAUAAUAAUAAUAGUAUACCAGUUUAUUCCGGUCCAUCAUUGAAUUCAGAAUGGAAUCUUUUAGUUCCUA